CUAGAGAAAAUGGAAUUAUUCUUCCCCAUCAUUAUAAUAAAUUAAUUACUAUAAUUAAGGCUUAACUCUUCUUAAUUUUGUCUUAGCUCUUCUGAUUCUAUAAAUUAUAAUUUAUUAUCGCUUUGAUUUAAAUCAUAGCCUCUGAUUUUGCUCCUCAUCUCCCUCCAUCUCUCUCUCUCUGUAGCGGUGCGCAAUUUGAUGAGCAUUCUUUCGUGAAGAAGACGCGCAAUAUUUACUGAAUUCAGUUGCAUCUCGAAAGAUCCACGCCUUCUGAUUCCUGUACCUAUAUCUGUGUUAUCAUGGGAUUUCUCACUUGUGAUGCGAUCCUGAUGAUCGGAUGCGUCUAAAUCUAAUUGCUUAGAGCUGCUAUCAAGGAUGAAACAAGGCAUUCAAGGACUAAAGAUCCCACAGGUCUCCCUCAUCCUUAUCGGUUUAGUCUGCACGACUGUGCUUGUAUUGGCAUGGACAAAGAGCUCAGUUCUCACAGCUUUCAUCCCAUCUCCGGGUCGCUUCCUGCCACCGGAUCUGGGUGAAAUUUUCAAGGGUAGCAACAUUUCAGCACAGACAACAUUGGAACAAGUUGAAUCAUUUGCUUCAUCUGAUGGGAUAGAACUAAAUGGCGAGGGAGAAGAUAGUAGUAAUAGUAAAAAUACCAAUGAUGAAGAAAAUCCCAGUAGUGUUAUGAAAAAUUGGGGGUCAGAUGAACUAUCUGAAGGAAAAAAUAAAUCCUUACAAGUAGAGACUUCUGUGAGGAACUCGUCAGCUUCGGAGUCAUCUGUCAGAAGAGAGGAAAAUGGAAUUUCAUCAUCUGUUAAUAAAAACAAAGAGAGUUAUCCGAGUGUUCUGAAAGGAACAGGAUCUGAAGAAUCGCCAGGAGGAAAAAAUAAAUCAAAAGAAUCAAAGACUGUUCCGGAGAACUCUCAUUCUGUAAAGUCACUUGUCAAAGGAGAGCAAACAGAAAACUUGUCAGCUACUACUGGAAAUAAAGGUUGUAAUUAUGCCAAAGGUAAAUGGGUUAUUGAUGAUGAUCGUCCGUUGUAUUCUGGAUUUGGUUGUAAGCAAUGGUUGUCACCUAUGUGGGCUUGUCGCCUAACACAACGCAUGGAUUUUGAGUAUGAAAAGCUUCGUUGGCAACCCCAAAAUUGCAAAAUGAAAGAUUUCACAGGACCCAAGUUCCUGCAGCGAAUGCAGGAUAAAACUUUAGCUUUCAUUGGGGAUUCACUGGGCCGACAACAGUUCCAGUCUCUCAUGUGUAUGGUAACAGGUGGGGAAGAAAGAGCUGAUGUGCUUGACGUUGGGCAUGAGUUUGGUCUUGUUAAGGCUCGUCAUGCUGUAAGACCAGAUGGAUGGGCUUAUCGGUUCCCCAUUACAAACACAACCAUCCUUUACUAUUGGUCAGCUAGUCUCUGUGAUUUGGAACCUAUUAAAGGGUCGAACCCUGUUGAUUUUUCCAUGCACCUGGAUCGCCCCCCUGCAUUUUUACGGCAAUAUCUUCAUAAACUUGAUGUACUUGUCCUGAAUACAGGACACCACUGGAACAGGGGAAAACUUAAUGCAAAUAGAUGGGUCAUGUACGUUAACGGUGUCCCUAACACUAAUAAGAAGAUUGCAGAUGUUGCGGGUGCCAAAAAUUUGACCAUUCACAGUAUUGUGAAAUGGGUUGAUGCACAGCUCCAAUUGUUUCCAGGUUUGAAAGCAUUUUUACGGUCUCUAUCACCCAGGCAUUUUUUCAACGGGGACUGGGACACCGGAGGUACAUGUGACAAUACAACGCCACUUUCCGGUGGCAAAGAAGUUCUAAAAGACGACUCUAGUGAUCCUGUGGCUGCACACGCAGUGAGGGGAACAGGUGUUAAGCUUCUUGAUAUUACUGCUUUGUCCGAGUUGAGAGACGAGGGCCAUAUAUCCCGGUACAGCAUUAAAGCCACAGCCGGAGCGCAGGAUUGCUUGCACUGGUGCUUACCUGGUAUUCCCGAUACAUGGAAUGAAAUAUUAUUUGCGCAAAUUUAAUGAGAGGAACCCAGGAUUCAGCAGAAUCGCGUUCGAGAUCUGUUCUAUGAAAGGAAGGAGCUACAAAAUGAUGGAUGCGGUCAAGCCAGAGCUGGCCAUGAGAUCACAGAGGCUCGAAUCAACCUUUAAAGAAAAAAUAGCUAUGUACUACUAAUAUUUAUAAAAUGAUUCUUUUGAUUGAGUUAUUCGUUACUAUUCUUACUAUGGAUGAGUCAAAUUGGAGAAUUAAUAGGCAUACCGUUUUAUUUUU